ACAUUUUCUCUUUCAAACUGCCCAGACAGUUGGACAGGACAUAGACAUACAGAAGAAGAGAAGACAAAGAACAGGUAGAAAAAUUAAAAAGGUGACCAUGGGGAAGAAAGUGGCCAUCAUUGGAGCUGGCGUGAGUGGCUUGGCCUCCAUCAGGAGCUGUCUGGAAGAGGGGCUGGAGCCCACCUGCUUUGAGAAGAGCAAUGACAUUGGGGGCCUGUGGAAAUUUUCAGACCAUGCAGAGGAGGGCAGGGCUAGCAUUUACAAGUCAGUCUUUACCAACUCUUCCAAAGAGAUGAUGUGUUUCCCAGACUUCCCAUAUCCUGAUGACUUCCCCAACUUUAUGCACAACAGCAAGAUCCAGGAAUAUCUCACUGCAUUCGCCAAAGAAAAGAACCUCCUGAAGUACAUACAAUUUAAGACAUUUGUAUCCAGUGUAAAUAAACGUCCUGAUUUUGCAACUACUGGCCAAUGGGAUGUUACCACUGAAAGGGAUGGUAAAAGAGAAUCGGCUGUCUUUGAUGCUGUGAUGAUUUGUUCUGGACAUCAUGUCUAUCCCAACCUACCAAAAGAGUCCUUUCCAGGACUAAACCACUUUAAAGGCAAAUGCUUCCACAGCAGGGACUACAAAGAACCAGGUGUAUUCAACGGAAAGCGUGUCCUGGUGAUUGGCCUGGGGAAUUCGGGCUGUGACAUUGCCACAGAACUCAGCCACACAGCAGAACAGGUCGUGAUCAGCUCCAGAAGUGGCUCCUGGGUGAUAAGCCGCGUCUGGGACAAUGGUUAUCCCUGGGACAUGGUGCUUAUCACUCGAUUUGGAACCUUCCUCAAGAACAAUUUACCGACAGCCAUCUCUGACUGGUUGUACAUGAAGCAGAUGAAUGCAAGAUUCAAGCAUGAAAACUAUGGCUUGAUGCCUUUAAAUGGAGUCCUGAGGAAAGAGCCUGUAUUUAAUGAUGAGCUCCCAACUUGCAUUCUGUGUGGCAUUGUGUCCGUAAAGCCUAAUGUGAAGAAAUUCACAGAGACUUCGGCCAUUUUUGAGGAUGGGACCACAUUUGAGGGCAUUGACUGUGUAAUCUUUGCAACAGGCUAUAGUUAUGCCUACACGUUCCUUGAUGAGUCUAUCAUCAAAAACAGAAACAAUGAGAUCAUUUUAUUUAAAGGAGUCUUUCCUCCUCUACUUGAGAAGUCAACCAUAGCAGUGAUUGGCUUUGUCCAGUCCCUUGGGGCUGCCAUUCCCACAGUUGACCUCCAGUCCCGCUGGGCAGCACAAGUAAUAAAGGGAACUUGUACUUUGCCUUCUAUGGAAGACAUGAUGAAUGAUAUUAAUGAGAAAAUGGAGAGAAAGCGCAAAUGGUAUGGCAAAAGCGAGACCUUAGAGACAGAUUACAUUGUUUAUAUGGAUGAACUCUCCUCCUUCAUUGGGGUAAAGCCCAACAUCCCAUGGCUGUUUCUCACAGAUCCCAAAUUGGCUAUGGAAGUUUAUUUUGGCCCUUGUAGUCCCUACCAGUUUAGGCUGGUGGGCCCAGGGAAGUGGCCAGGAGCCAGAAAUGCCAUCCUGACCCAGUGGGACCGGUCGUUGAAACCCUUGCAGACACGAGUUGUCGGGAGUCUUCAGAAGCCUCGCUUCUUUUUCCAUUGGCUGAAGCUCUUUGCAGUUCCUAUUCUGUUAAUUGCUGUUUUCCUUGUGUUGACCUAAUCAUCAUUUUAUCUAGGAUUUCUGAAAGUUACUGACAAUACCCAGACAAUGGCUUUGCUAUUUACAAAUUAAAAUUUUCACACCAUCUACUUUUCUAUUCAGCAUCUUUUGCAGUACUCUGUAGACAUUAGUCAGUAGCACAGUGUUAUUUCUAGGCUUUGAAAUAACUACUUUAAGAAUCAUAUCAUAAUCUUUAGAGAGCACUAAUCAUUUCUGUUUGGGUUCCACUAACACUUCCAAAUCAGAACUAUGUUCUUUAUAUCUAAUUUAAAUCAUUUCCUGAAACAUUUUGACAUGAUUCCUUUUUCCCUUUAAACACUGUUUGAAAGAUGUAUUUUAAAUCUAAACAAAGAGCAAAUUAAGCAGAAUAAUUAUAA